AGACCUAGCGUUAUACAACAUUAUUAUCUAGCUGGCUGCCAAAACACUACAUCGACCGUAGCCUGCUCUACAGUUGGUCCUCGCGACCAAUCAGUUGGUGACGUCACACUGUUUGGACGUGUGUGUGAGCACGGGGAGUGUCAGUUAGUGACCACUGAUAACACACAGCCCAGCCCAGACCACCACCUCACGUCACUCUGUAGCUGCAGCAGGACGUAGUAGUUAUAGUGUGCUUACUGCGCGGAGGAGCUGACACCUGAGAGAAGAAACAUGUGGCUGCCCAUGCUUGGUAUGACCGCCUUGCCGCACCUGGGAGGGUUCUAUGGUGGUUACAUCACACGCAAAGAGGUGAAGAACUGGUACCCGACUCUGCAGAAACCAUCAUGGCGCCCACCAAAUGCAGCAUUCCCUGUAGUGUGGACCUGUCUGUAUACCGGCAUGGGGUAUGGCUCCUACCUGGUGUGGAAAGAACUGGGAGGUUUCACUGAGGAUGCAGUGGUUCCACUGGGACUUUAUGGGUGUCAGCUAGCUCUGAACUGGGCCUGGACUCCGAUCUUCUUUGGUGCACACAAGCUGAAAUUGGCUCUCAUGGAGAUUAUGCUUCUCACUGGGGUCGUCGGAGCCACCAUGGUGUCUUGGUAUCCCAUUAGCCGCACUGCCACAAUGCUGAUGGCGCCCUACCUGGCCUGGCUGUGCCUCGCCACCUCUCUCAACUACUGCAUAUGGAGAGACAACAGUGAGGAUAAAGAAGAGUAGGAGACAGACAGUGUUGUCAGUCAGACCUGUUUGUUCACGGUCGUCUGCAGAACCAGAGCCGGCAGCAUAUUAAGGACAUAUUAAGGAAGGAUAAAACAACUUGCCACUGAAUCUAUUUUUGUCUGUUUCGCUACCCAAAUUGAAUACAUCCAGCUAAAACAAAAGUGCAUUAAUUCAAAGCGCUUAAAAAUUUGCCAGUAUAUUAUCAGUGUCAAUAUCCAUAUUGGGCACAUACAUGCAAUAUUUAUAUAUAAAGCUACAUGUUUACAUUUAAGUGAAUGAAAAAAUCCUUGUCAUAUGGAUUUAUAUAUUAAAUUCUUGGUGUGUUUAGAGUGAAGUGGAAAACUGCGUUUAUUUCUUUUUAAUAAAGAAUGUUUCAUCUAUGUGUGCUUUUA